CUCCCACUCCUGGCCAAGAGAAGAGACCUGAAACCCAACAACAAAUUUUAUGACGAUCUACAAUUUCUACAUUUACUGUCUGUUAGCAUCUCCCUCAGAGCUUUUCACCACUAUGUGAAAGCUAAGGAAGCUGUAAUCAUCUUCUGCUAAACGUUCUCCAUUCCUGAGCUCUGCUUUGUUAAAAGUGAAGCCUGAGAAGAAGAUGUAUUUGUGAACAGCCAAAAGGACAGGAAAAGGAGCUGCACAGGCCUCCUAACCACACUUGGUGCAGCGCAUUGAACUUUACAGAGAGGAAGAAAGCAGGCGUGCAGGUGUCGGCAUAAUGUCAGAGACGGGGCCUGAGGUAAACAAGGUGGAACACGUGUCCGCUAAUGUCCAGCAGGGACAAGGUGGAGUGUCCGUGACUCCACAAGCGGCUACCCUACACCCUCCUGCCACCACAGCCACUGAGGAUGAGGAUGAGAGUGAAGACGAGUCUUACAUCUUGGAGGAGAGUCCCUGUGGCCGUUGGCAGAAACGAAAAGAGGAGGUCAAUCAGCGUAAUGUCCCAGGGAUUGAUGCUGCUUACCUGGCCAUGGAUACAGAGGAAGGGGUGGAAGUGGUGUGGAAUGAGGUCAUGUUUUCAGAAAGGAAGAACUUCAAACUGCUGGAGGAGAAAGUGAAGGCUGUGUUUGAUAACCUGAUCCACUUGGAGCAUGCAAAUAUUGUGAAGUUCCACAAGUACUGGGCUGACACAAAGGAGAACAGGGCAAGGGUAAUUUUCAUUACUGAAUAUAUGUCGUCAGGAAGCCUGAAGCAGUUUCUGAAGAAGACAAAGAAGAACCACAAGACCAUGAAUGAAAAGGCUUGGAAGAGAUGGUGCACACAGAUCCUGUCUGCUCUCAGUUAUCUCCAUUCUUGUGACCCUCCCAUCAUCCACGGCAACCUGACUUGUGACACCAUUUUCAUUCAGCACAAUGGGCUCAUCAAGAUUGGAUCAGUUGCCCCAGACACCAUUAACAACAAUGUGAAGACAUGUUACGAGGAACAGAAGAACUUGCACUUCUUUGCCCCAGAAUACGGAGCUGUUGCUGGUGUCACCACAGCUGUAGACAUCUACUCAUUUGGCAUGUGUGCCUUGGAGAUGGCGCUUUUGGAAAUCCCAGGGAAUGGAGAGUCCUCUUAUAUUUCUCAGGAGGCUAUCAACAGUGCCAUCCAGCUGCUGGAAGACCCUGUGCAGAGGGAGUUAAUUCAGAAGUGCCUUAAGUGUGAUCCCAGAACAAGACCCACGGCCCCAGAGCUGCUGUUUAAUCAGGCCCUGUUCGAAGUCCCAGUGCUAAAACUGCUGGCUGCACAUUGUAUUGUCAGCCACCAGCAUAUGAUCCCUGAAAAUGCCCUGGAGGAACUUACCAAGAACCUUGAUCCCAACCUGGUGAUUGCUGAGAAGAAAGAAGGUGUUCAACUCAAGCUUUCACAGUUUCCUGCCUUGGAACUUGAUAAAUUUCUAGAAGAUGUGAGGAACGGUAUUUAUCCACUGACUGCAUUUGGACUGGCCUGUCCUCAGCAGCCUCAGCAGGAAACGGUCAAAUCUCCCAUCAUCAUUCCCUUAGUCAAAUCCCCCACUCCAGAACCUACCGAGCCUGAGACACGGCGGGUCAUUCAGUUCCAGUGUAAUGUUGAACCAGUCGAAGAGGGAGCAAAGUACCAUAUAACAUUGUUGCUGAAGCUGGAGGACAAACUGAACAGACAUCUAAGCUGUGACAUGUUACCUCAUGAGAGUGUUCACGACUUGGCUGGAGAGUUGGUGCAGCUGGGCUUUAUCAGUGAGAUGGACCAAAAUAAAAUAGCGUCUCUACUAGAAGAAACAUUUCCCCACGCUUCUCACUAGUGAAGGGUUCCUGGACCAUGUUACUGUCACCUCAUAAGUAUACGUUCUCAAUUCUGUUACAUUUUGUAGGUUGUUUUUUUUUUUUUCUACUAAGCCUUAGGUGGUGAUGUGACCAAAGAGAGUGUUUUUCCCUGGAAUUAGGGAUUACAACUUCCUAAAAGCACAUAUCUUUUUACAUAAAGCCAUUUUUGACAAUAUUCACAAAGCCAUUGAAAAUAUUUUGAUGUUUUCUAACCACCAAUGCCUUUUUAUUUAUUAUUUGAAAGACUUUAAGAAAAAAGAUCUAGUUUGUUAAAUAAAGAUCAACCUGAUUAAUGCUGCAACGAACAUGUCCAGACUAGACUUAACAGUACGGACAGGAUAACUUGCAGGUUAUCACUGAAACCCAUUUUUCCCAAACACACCGUUUUAUUUUUGAUGUGGUAGUUAAAGUCUGCAUCUGUCUGGUUCUGGAUCAGAGACUGACUCAUGCCUUAAGUGACAUGCGUAAUAACACAUGCCUUUGAACUGCUACUAAAACAACAGUAUCAAUAACAUUCCCAGUUUAUAGACUUCCGAGACUCGUGCCUCAUUCUUAUAUUUUUAUUUUUUGAUCAUUGUUAUGAAGUGUUUGAUGACCUGAAAUGCUUUAGGUUAAAGAGAAAGCAACUAGAAAACUAGAUUACAGAGGGCAGCAUCUGUAAUGUAAAAUGAAAUGUCUUUUACAAAACAUCUGCACAUAUCACAUUUAGGGCAUGAAUCUUGUCAUUUAUUUGGCUACUGUACUGUGAACUUGGUGAUGCUGAAUUUCUGUUCAUGAUUUUAAGAUUUUCCUUAACUGUUUUAGAGUAUUCACAUGCUACUCUGACUUAAAACUUUUUUGGUGUUGUUUCAUCUCAGUUGAAUGCUGUAGAAACGUGGUACAGCCUUUUCAUCAAGCAUAUUUAUGAAUUUUAUUGUUACUGAUAGACUAUACCAUAUGUUUUUUUCUUUAUUUACUGUUAUUUCUUUUUUUUUUUUUCUUCUUUGUUUACACAUAGCACAUUGUCUGAGCCAAUACUAAAUACUUUCUUUAUUCUUUUGCUGUUUUAUUUUGACAACAGACCAUAUGAUUAAAUGGUACAGAAUGGGGUGACAGUGUUGUUUCUCCACAGACUGCAGACAUAAAUCCUAAAUAUCUAGUUUAGAUGUGUCAGGAGGUCAGGGAGUUGGCUGUAGAGAACUUGUGACAUUUUGGCUCAGACUUUCUAUGGACUACUGUACUAUCAUAACCUGAAAGCUCACACAGUUUUUAUGAUCUUUAAUGAGGUGAAUUGGAAACCUAAUUAGCUGAUGUUUUCAGUGUAUAUGAGUAUUUGGACUACUGUACUAUCAUAACCAAAACCUCGUAUAGUUAUAGACCUUAAAAACAGGGACAAAGAAUAUAAAGAAAAUGGAUUGCACCUAUUAUAUCUCAAAGACGGAACAACAGUUCUUUCAAGUGUUAUUGGUUUUGUAACAGGUUUCCUCUCUUUAAAUUUGAGGAGUGGAUGCCUUAAGUACACUGGUCUACAGUUUUGUUUUGUUUUUUAGAAAUUAUCUGCCUCAGAGAUUAAAUAUGCUGAUGUUCAAUAAGAUGAAUUGGAAAAUAAAUGACAGAAGUGCUGGUUAACUGAGGUUUUCAGUGUAUAUGUUAAAGUGUUAUUGCAGAUAUUGUUUAUGUACAUUUAUACGAUAGCGUUGAGAUAAACACUCCAUUUGAUUGAAACCCAUUCUCUUAUUUAAUUCUCACAAUUUCACAUUUCACACCCAAGACUGUAUCUUGGAAACUGCAGCCAACCAGAAUUUUUGUCUUUCUUAGUGACUCAGAUUUGGUGAAGUCUCACUGCUUUUAUUCUGGAGGCAUUUUGCUCAUAGACCAGUGGUAUCUGAUCACCACAGUAGCUGCAGAGUUUAAGACUGUGUGAGCUUUCAGACAGAGCUUUCCUCUGUUUUGCUGCAUGUACACAUUGCUGUCAAUGCCAAUUCAUUGUAUUCUUUAUUUUCCUGUUUUGGAAAUACCGAGAUUGUAUAAUCCAAAGAUAUGUUUCAAAGUCAGCCAGGAGAAUGUAAAAGCCACUUGGAUUUAUUGUAAUAGUGGUAAAAAAAAAAACCAACCAAAUGUGAUGAUCAGAGCAGCUUCUUGUUUUCUUUCUCUCUCUGUACAUCUUUUUCCAACCAAAUUAUUGGUGGUGUUGAAUCUGGUUAUUAAAUAAUCGUAGAGGGUGAGCAGCUGAAGCCUGUUACAUGGGGAUGCCAGUUGUAUUUGGUUAUUGUAUCGUAUAUUUUAUAUGACAUUAAUGUCAGCAAAUGUGUGUCUUUUCUGAGACGUAUAUCCUGACAGAAACUGCAAAGUAUGACUGCUCCUUUAAAUAAAUGUGUGAAAUGCUUUGCAUAUUAUGUCUUAAUAAAGAAAGAGUUACUGCA